CAGAAACGAUAACGACAGCCCACGCAAAGAGCUCAGAACCCACGAAAACUCUGGUGACAAAACAAAGUUCAGUGUCUCGGUCGCCGUUUAUCCUCAAAGGUGGCAAAAAGCAAACUGGUUUGCAAGCCGCAUACGAAUUAUUAAGAAAAGUUCCAAAGGAUUUCGAAGAGUGAAUAUUGGCAUAGCCGCAAUCAUAAGCAAGCGACCGAAAUGAGGCAUCUCUGGCUGCUCCUUCUUAUCGCCUGUGGAUCUGUCCAGUUCCCAGGUGUGCUGACCUUGCCGGAGCCGCACCCAGCCAAAUCUUCAUCACAAGCCACUGGAGGUGGCAAUGGAGGAGGAGCCGGGGGCGCAGUCACUGCCCCAUCAGUCGGCGACACCAGCAAGGACUACGACUAUGAGGAGGACCAGCAGCGGGCACCGGGUAACCUGGCCAAGUCCACCGCUGAUCCCAAAGUCCCUGAGCCCUACUUCGAGCACAGCGCUGUGGAUAUCUAUGUGCCGCAGAACGCGACCAGCGUGAAAUUGGAGUGUCCAGUAAAAAAUUAUAAUGCUGCACAUCACGUGGUGCUCUGGUACAAGGAAAAGGUACAGGUAUCCAGCGGCAUGAAUAUAUUCAACCACAUCUACGCCCUGGACGAGCAGUUCUCCCUGACCGUUCCCCUGGCAUCCAAUGCAUCCAAUUCAUCCAAUGCCGCGGAGGAGCGCUACGAGUGCGAGGUGCUGCCAAACAAAGUGCGACACAAGGCCACCAUUCGCUUUGGCCCGAAGCCAAGUACCCCGGCUCCGUCACUGCUUCCGGCCCCGGCGGACACCUCCUCCUCCGCCAAGGAUGCGGUGGCUCACGGCAGGGACAUUAGCCUCUGGCUGCUGGGCGUAUUUCUGGCCCCUCUCCAGUUGGCAGUGACCUUACGAUUCUGAAGGAGUCCGAGUUCAAGACCGCUCCAUAAAUCUGCACCACCGGCAUUACGUUUGGAGAUGCGCACCGCAACAGAUGAGCUUGACAUUGGGAUGUAGCCCGCGGAUUACGUCGAUGGCUUGGCAAAUUGGCAAUAGGUGUUGCUUUGUUACUGUAUUAUAUGGGAAACCGAUUUUCCGGGGGAAGCGAACUUCCCAGAGCUAUAGUUUAUUUAAAUUACUCUUCCAACUCUGCUUCCCCUACUUCCAAUAUCGAUGUUUUAGACUACUCCUUUGAAAGUAAUACUGUUUUGUAAACCAUUACUUGAACUUAGAUACGCUACCCAUAGGAUCGAAUUAGCCUAGUGUGAUUGCUUUAGUAUUGCGCUUAAUCGGGAGAUUAGUACAUAAUUGAUUUUAACUUAGCGGAACAAAAUGCGAUACCAAGUGGCUUACCGAAUCAUUGUGAAGGAAACUAUAUAUACACAGAUAUAUAUGUGCGAACAGAUUAUGAGUACAUAAAAACAAUGUAUGCAAUUUUUGUCGAAUGUAAAACUGAAAUAAACUAGAGCUGCUAUA